AUGAGCACUUGGAUGAAAAUAGCAAUAUUGCUCAUGAUAAAUACAGUACUUGCUCAACAAUUCUCAAAUCCAAGUUGUGCGGAAAAUGUUCUUGUAAAUGGUUUACCAAAAAACUCGACACUUUUUCUAUUCAUGGUUGGAUUUGGUCAGAAAAAUGUGAGUUUAUAGAAAUCACAAAGUAUAAUUUUCUAUCAGUAAAUUCUCCAAAUUCUCCCGCAUUUUUAGACACCUAACACGAUCUUUAAGGUGAGACACAUCGUCAAAAGCCAACGCAAAAUUCAUAGCUUUAAAAAUGAUCUAUCCAGUAAAAGUUUUGAGGACAGAGAUUUUCGAUCGUGAAUUACAUACUGCAGUCUUAAUAAAAAAUGUGAUGAGAAAUGAAUGAUUUCAGGUUGAAGACGUGUUUUAUGUUGUGAAACAAACUACUUGUUGGCUACCAAAAAGUGAUCAAAUUAAAGCUGCAGCUUUAAAACAAGGACAGCAAGUUAUACAAACAGAAGAUUCCUUCGAUAUUGUUCGUGCAAAUAUAAAAGGCGAGGCUGAAGAUAUUGCAAAACUAGUGAAAGAUAGAAAAACAAUAGGCUUCAGAACAUGUUCAAAUUUUCAAUCCGAUCUCACUUUUAUCAAAAGUCAAGAAGCUUCCACCCUCCAAAAUUUCACCAAAGUCUUCCUCAUCGCUCAUCAAUCAACCUACGAUGAUCAAUGCGAUUACUAUGCAAAAUUCAAUGGUACUGGCUUGGCUUCUUCCAAAUUCACAUUCUCCAUGAUCAGAUUCGACAACAAAACAAGCAAUGAUUAUCCAAUUUUGACAGUUCCACCGGAUCAAAUCAAAAUCGGAGAUUCUCUCGCUUCUCCAGAACUUCGAAAAUCAUCUGGGAACUUGUAAGUGACAGCCUUAAAUAUUCCCAGAAAUAUAAUAUCAAUCUGAAUUUCAGCAUCAACAAGGAACUUCUGGGAGUUUCUGAACCUUCAGCAGCCUCAUCUUCUACUUCAACUGACACCACCAUCAUAAUUAUUUUGGUUGUUGUAAUUGUGAUUCUUGUUGUUAUUAUUGUUGUUGGAGUUGGCCUAUUUUUGUUUUGUAAAUUGAAAAAGAAGAAUAAGAACCCGAAGAAGGACAAAAAAGGAUCGAAAGAGAAGAAGAUUGAAGUUGCACCAAAACAUCCAACAAAAUCAACAUUGGAUUGUAGCAUUAGUGGAGUAACUGAAUCCGGUGGAAAAUAA